UUGCUCAAUAAUUUUGUUUCACACUGAGGUUCAGUCUGCACCGUCGCUGUGUCCUCAUACGCAUCAUCAUGACGCUUUCCCUUAGCGAUUACUUCAUCUUAUUUAGCUUACUACACUGCAGUUUCCUUAUCACCAGUGCUCGAGAAUGCUCAGGAACUGGACACAAGAUCACAACAACCACUGACAAGACUGCUGUCGAUUGCGUGGAGUGUAAUAUUCCAUGCAGACUGCCUCUACAACGUGACGAGAAUGGGUGCAAGAUCUGCAGCUGCCGUCUUCCUGAGUGCGAACUUCUGACCCCCACGUGGUGUGUCAACCCAUGCAACAAGCAGACUUGCGCAGACUACUUGACCAACGGCGAGUUGGAGGAGAGCCAGUGCGUGCCCAAGGAGGGCGACGAGGCCUGCGAGACGGGAUGCAGCUGCCCCGAGGGGCAGAGGGUCGACGUGGCCCAGGAGUUUGGAGCGGAGUGCGUGGCCAAAGACGAAUGCGGUUGCCUGGAUCCCGAUGCACCAGAUGGCUAUUUGAAGGCCAGUUACAAAUACAAGAAAACGGACGAGACUGGAGAGCUCUUGUGCACUUGCCACUCAAAUCACUCAGUUACUUGUGCUCAAAAUAAUGGACCCAACGCGAGAUGUCCUGUGGUCAACGGCUGCCCAAAGUCCUGUCUAAUUAAGGACCGUUCAGGAUGUGAAAGAUGCACCUGUUAGAAUCAUCAACAUGAAGUGAAGUCCUUUCAGACGCCUGCUGUGUUUGGAGAACGAGGAAAGAGGGGCUCUGGAGAGUUGGUCGAAGAUAAUCCAUGUAUUUGAUUCUGAAGAUGGCGUACACAAUUUCCUAAAUUCACAGCUUUUGAUGGUGAAACAGCUUUUCUCACUCAACUGUUCUUGGUUGUAGGCCUGUAGUCAUUAUAAUUUCAUCCGUGAUGAAUGUGCUGUCGUCAUGGGCGUAAAUCCCGGGGGACGAAGUAUUCAUCCUCCACGUUUUGACAAGGUGGAUGGGUAUUGAAUCAUCCCCCUCCCAACAACCAAAAUGUAUUCAAUAGCACUCCAAAAGGGAGAACAGUUUUUUUUUAAAAUUCCAUAACUAUGUCAUUCUGAUGUAACAUUCUGUAGAAUGUAAUACGUAUUGUAAAUCUGCAUCUGUAUGGUGUCAGUACCUCCUGCCCAGGCUUUUCAAAUUGCCGUGGCCGGACUUCCCUAUCCUCCACCCCUAGCGCCAUUUCCGGCAUAAAUUAACGCCACUGGCUGUCGUAAUCGGAACUUUUAUUCAAACUCUAGAAGAAAUGAGAACAUUCAAGCAAAAUGAUAUCUAGUUGAAAGUAGUUGUUACAUGUUCAGAAACGUUUCAAAAUGUUGAGUACAUUAACUUAGUGGUUUUUUUUGGUUAUCCAACGGAAAAUGAAUGCGCCCUCUAGUGAUAUCAUACAAACUAGUUAAAACGGAAUAUUAAAAUGGGAUUGCCUAGUCUUAGGUUAAAAUAGCGCCCCCUCGUGAUCCCAAUUCAAGUAGAAUGACGAUUUACAGCACAAUCUGACUAACAGAAUUCUAAUAAACACUGAAAUUUGGUGUAAGUAAUUGAUGACAGGUUUUCCAAAUUUAUGAUGAGUUAUUUAGUUUGUCAAGGUGUCAGAAAAGCAAAGUUAAGCUUUAGCUUGUAUAGAAAUUAGAUUGUCACGGACACUAUACACGAGCAUGGUGCACAUGUGCGUGUACUUUCAAUCCAUUAUUUUGGCGGGAUAUUUUAAUUGACUGCUGAAUUCCUUAAAACUUUGCACAAUUUCUUUUUGGCUGGUUGUGUUUAUAUUGAGAAAAAAUUUCCCGGUGAAUAAAGGCAACACCGAUGUAAAUAAACAUCUUGUUUCCAUU